UGUUUGUUUCAUCCAACAUCUCCACACAGGACGUCCCAAGAACUUCUGCACCAGGUCACCUUCUGAAACCAUCUACAACAUGAAGACCCUGACUUACAUGUGUCUGCUGAUUUGUGCCAUGAUGAAUCUGAGUGGAGCUGAUGAUCUUCCAGAAGGAGAGCAGCUAAAUGAACCUCAAGAGGAGGUCCGAGUCAAGAGGUCAUCAUCUUGUCCCAGUGGUUGGUAUGAGAUCAGUGGUCGCUGUUUCCACUAUGUCGCAAGGCCCUUGACCUGGGUUAGAGCAGAGAGCAACUGUAUGUACAUGGGUGGACAUCUCGCAUCAGUCCACAGCUAUGAUGAGUAUCAUGACAUUCAGAGCAUGAUCAUCAAGGUCACACAUGAGCCCAAGAAGGCAUGGCUCGGAGGAUCGGACGCAUACGAAGAGGGGCUCUGGUUUUGGACUGAUGGAACACCUUUCGGGUUUAACAACUGGUGUCCAGGACAGCCGAAUAAUCUGGACAAUCAGGACUGUUUCGCAAUGAAUUAUUCAGAUCAAAAUUGCUGGAAUGAUGAACUGUGUGGUGUAACAUUUCCAUCCGUCUGUGCUAAACCACCAACUGAUUUGUGGGUCUGAUCUGAGUUGUGAAGCUUCAUGUGUUUGUGUCGUAUGUUGGGUGGAGGCUCCAUAUGUCAUGACACAUCUUUAUUUCUUUGCUGUAUCUGUAACGCUGCUUCAGGGAGGAAAAGACACGUUAGCCUGAGCUGGAUGCAAAGGCUGGGAUGAAAUGGGCACAUGGAAUGGUUAUGAAAAGACGCUUUUACUGCAAACUUUACGCUGAAAUGUGAACUUUAUAACACACAUUAAAAAGCUUUA